ACACCUUCCAGUUCGCCGACGUGGACCACAGCUACGUCCCUUCGCGCGCCGAGAUCAAGAGGCAGGCGCAGCGGCUGAUCGAGGGGAAGCUCAAGGCGGCCAAGAAAAAGAAGAAGUAGCCCCGCCGCCCCGCUCCCUGCUUUGUUACACAAAUAAACAUUUUUCGAGGACUGCUGCGGACGCUGGGGCGACCGGGGUCUCGGAAAGGAGCACGGGGCACGCAGGAUCGGGGGAGGUUCUGCACGCAGGAUCGGGGGAGGCAGCCCGGGCCGGGAACUGCGCGCCAGAACCGCCUGCGCAUGCGCCCACGGCGCGCGCCGCGCCCCACGGCCCUCGCGGCGCCCCGUAGCCGUGCGCCCCUCGCGUCCCGCCGAGCCGGCGCCAAGAUGGCGGCGCUGACGCCUGGAGAGCGGCCGCGCCAGAGGCCGCGGGGGCCGAAGCGGAGCAGCCGCGGCUGAGGUUCCCGAGUCGCCGCUCGAGGCUGCGCUCCGCCGCCGGGACCCCGGCCUCUGGCCGCGCCGGCUCCGGCCUCCGGGGGGGCCGGGGCCGCCGGGACAUGGUGCGAGUCGCACCCCUUCCCCGCCGCCGCUGAACUCGCCGGCCGCGCCCGGGCUGGGACGUCCGAGCGGGAAGAUGUUUUCCGCCCUGAAGAAGCUGGUGGGGUCGGACCAGGCCCCGGGCCGGGACAAGAACAUCCCCGCCGGGCUGCAGUCCAUGAACCAGGCGUUGCAGAGGCGCUUCGCCAAGGGGGUGCAGUACAACAUGAAGAUAGUGAUCCGGGGAGACAGGAACACGGGCAAGACAGCACUGUGGCACCGCCUGCAGGGCCGGCCGUUCGUGGAGGAGUACAUCCCCACGCAGGAGAUCCAGGUCACCAGCAUCCACUGGAGCUACAAGACCACGGAUGACAUCGUGAAGGUUGAAGUCUGGGAUGUGGUAGACAAAGGAAAAUGCAAAAAGCGAGGCGACGGCUUAAAGAUGGAGAACGACCCCCAGGAGGCGGAGUCCGAAAUGGCCCUGGAUGCUGAGUUCCUGGACGUGUACAAGAACUGCAAUGGGGUGGUCAUGAUGUUCGACAUCACCAAGCAGUGGACCUUCAAUUACAUUCUCCGGGAGCUUCCGAAAGUGCCCACCCAUGUGCCAGUGUGCGUGCUGGGGAACUACCGGGACAUGGGCGAGCACCGAGUCAUCCUGCCGGACGACGUGCAUGACUUCAUUGACAACCUGGACAGACCUCCAGGUUCCUCCUACUUCCGCUACGCUGAGUCUUCCAUGAAGAACAGCUUCGGCCUAAAGUACCUUCAUAAGUUCUUCAAUAUCCCAUUUUUGCAGCUUCAGAGGGAGACGCUGUUGCGGCAGCUGGAGACAAACCAGCUGGACAUGGAUGCCACACUGGAGGAGCUGUCGGUGCAGCAGGAGACGGAGGACCAGAACUACGGCAUCUUCCUGGAGAUGAUGGAGGCUCGCAGCCGCGGCCAUGCGUCCCCACUGGCGGCCAACGGGCAGAGCCCAUCCUCGGGCUCCCAGUCACCAGUGGUGCCUCCAGGCGCCGUGACCACAGGGAGCUCCAGCCCCAGCACACCCCAGCCCGCCCCACAGCUGCCCCUCAAUGCCGCCCCACCAUCCUCUGUGCCCCCUGUACCACCCUCAGAGGCCCUGCCCCCACCUGCGUGCCCCUCAGCCCCUGCCCCACGGCGCAGCAUCAUCUCUAGGCUGUUUGGGACGUCACCUGCUGCCGAGGCAGCCCCUCCACCUCCAGAGCCAGCCCCGGCCACAGAGGCCCCCACAACAGUCCAGAGUGUGGAGGACUUCGUUCCCGACGACCGCCUGGACCGCAGCUUCCUGGAAGACACAACCCCCGCCAGGGACGAGAAGAAGGUGGGGGCCAAGGCUGCCCAGCAGGACAGCGACAGUGAUGGGGAGGCCCUGGGCGGCAACCCGAUGGUGGCAGGGUUCCAGGACGACGUGGACCUCGAAGACCAGCCACGUGGGAGUCCCCCGCCGCCCGCGGGCCCCGUCCCCAGUCAAGACAUCACUCUUUCGAGUGAGGAGGAAGCAGAAGUGGCAGAUCCCCCAAAAGACCCUGCCCCGGCUCCCCAGCAGUGCUCAGAGCCAGAGACCAAGUGGUCCUCCAUACCAGCUUCGAAGCCACGGAGGGGGACAGCUCCCACGAGGACCGCAGCACCCCCCUGGCCAGGCGGUGCCUCUGUUCGCACAGGUCCGGAGAAGCACAGCAGCACCAGGCCCCCUGCUGAGAUUGAGCCGGGGAAGGGUGAGCAGGCCUCCUCGUCGGAGAGUGACCCCGAGGGGCCCAUCGCCGCACAAAUGCUGUCCUUCGUCAUGGAUGACCCCGACUUUGAGAGCGAGGCAUCAGACACACAGCACAGGGCGAAUGAGUUUCCCGUGCGAGACGACCCCUCUGAUGUGACUGACGAUGAGGCCCCUGCCCAGCCGCCCCCAGCCCCCAAGCUCCCUCUCCCCGCCUUCAGACUGAAGAAUGACUCGGACCUCUUCGGGCUGGGGCUGGAGGAGGCCGGACCCAAGGAGAGCAGUGAGGAAGGUAAGGAGGGCAAAACCCCCUCUAAGGAGAAGAAGAAGAAGAAGAAAAAAGGCAAAGAGGAGGAAGAAAAGGCUGCCAAGAAGAAGAGCAAACACAAGAAGAGCAAGGACAAGGAGGAGGGCAAGGAGGAGCGGCGGCGGCGGCAGCAGCGACCCCCGCGCAGCAGGGAGAGGACGGCUGCCGACGAGCUGGAGGCUUUCCUGGGGGGCGGGGCCCUGGGUGGCCGUCACCCUGGGGGUGGCGACUACGAGGAGCUCUAGGCUGGCGGGGGCAGUGGUGGCCCUGGGGCGGGGGCGUGCCUGUCACUGCCUGGGGAGGCGUUUGCCUCUGCACCAUCGCCUUUGCCACUGCCUGGUGGCUGCUGUGUGCGCGUCUGAGCUGGAAGAGGCCGGGCAUUGGUGGUCCCGGGGCUGGGCCCUGCAGGUGCUGGGCCUCCAGGCCUGGCGUGAGCCUGCUCUGCAAGAAGGGAAGGGACAGCUGGCUUCAGCCAGGCUCGGUGGACACCCUGGCCCUCUCGGGGCAGAGCCGCCAGUCCCCAGUGUUUCUCAGGGAUGUGACUGAGGCCCAGGAGGGACCCGUGAGGGUGUGUUUACAGAGGCUUGGCUGUGGGGUGCGCACUGCCCCGGCACCUGCUUGCCCUCCGCGCUCACCUGGGGCCGCAGCAUGCCUAUGGCUCCGCUUCCGGCCGGGAGCCCUGAACACGGGUGUGCAGACCCACCCUAAAGGGCAGCCCAGCCCCACGCUAGGCAAGGCUGGCGAGAGAUCGGAGGCAGCAUGUGAGGCCUCUCCUGGGAGUGGGGGUUGUGUUUCCCACAGUGGCCUCAGCUGCGCCCCCGCUCAGGUGAGCCCACAGGCAGGAGCCGGGAGGCACUCCUCCCAAACACUCCACUCAGACCAUAAAGCACUCCUGUUUCACUCUG